CUCCCCCCUUGGACGCGAAGCCGUUUCGCUUUGGGAAGUGAGCGGAAGGUUGCGACGGGCUGGUCAGGGGGGUGCGGGUGGCGGCGGUGCCCUGGGGGCCUUCUGGCUGAGGGAUCCCAAGUGGCGGGACCCAGGCGCCCGGUGCUGAAGGGGUGGGGAGGGAUCGUGGGCACAGGCCCCGCCUUCCCGGGGCACCCCCACGGUGGCGCUACCCUCUGGUCCUGGGCCCCUCGGAUGAGGUGGUGAGGCCGGUGCCCUUUCCCCUCCUGGUUCUUGUCCCCGGCCCCUCUUUCACCUCUUCUGGGGCCGUGCUCCCUGUCCCGCUCCCCAUGUAGGAGGGGUUGUUGGCAGCAGGGAGGGCUGAGGCUGGCGUGAAUGGUGCGAGGAGCGGGUGCUGAGGAAGUUUGAGAAUUUUGGAGGAUUUCCCCCCUCCUCCCCCGAGUACAGUGGAGAAGGAAUGCCAAAUCCAGAGAGACAUGGGGGCAAGAAGGAUGGGGGUGGUGGUGGGUCCUCGCAGCACGCACCUGGCAGCAGGAGUUCAAAUAGCAAGGAGAGGCACCGGCUGGCCUCCAGGCACAAGAGGCAUAAGUCUAGGCACUCCAAGGAGUCACCGAUGGCAGCCCAGGAGACAAUGGCACCCUUGGGUGCAAUGAUCAAGCCGCUGGUGGAGUAUGAUGAUAUCAGUUCAGAUUCAGAUACCUUCUCGGAUGAUGUGGCCCUCAAGCUGGACAGGAGGGAGAAUGAGGAAAGGAAAGUGGACAGGAGUGAGAGGAUACAGAAGCACCGGCACCACCAGCACAAGCGCAUUCGUGAGCUGAUGAAAAACAAGCAGGCAGAAAAAGAGAGGAAGUUGGAAAAGAGCCUGGAGGCAUCCAGCAGGUCCGGGUCCACCAAGGAGAGGAUAUCGGGAUCCUCCAAGAGACUUCUGGAGAGUGAGGAGCACCUCAAGUCACUGUCCUCAAAGAGUAGCAACAAGGAGUCCCGCUCAGCCAAAGCGCACAAGGAGAAAUCCAGGAAGGACCGGGAGCUCAAGUCCAGCCACAAAGAGCGCAGUAAAAGCCAUCGGAAAAGGGAUGCUCCAAAAAGUUACAAAGCAAUUGACAGCCUGAAGCGGAAAUCCAGAAGCCCUCACAGAAAAUGGUCUGAUAGCCCGAAAUUGGACGACAGCCCUUCAGGAGCUUCCUACAUCCAGGAAUACGACCUCAGCCCUCCCCGCUCUCACACAUCCAGUAACUACGAUCCCUACAGGAAGAGUCCUGGUGGCUCCUCGCACCGGCCGUCCAUCAGCCCACCCUACAAGGAGCCCGUGGCCUACCAGUCAAACACGCGCUCCCCUAGCCCGUACAGCCGGCGCCAGAGGUCCAUAAGCCCCUACAACCGGCGGCGCUCCUCGAGCUAUGAGAGAGGCAGCGGCUCGUACAGUGGGAGGUCACCCAGCCCUUACACCCGACGACGCUCAAGCAGCCCUUUCACCACAAAACGAUCUGUGAGCCGAAGCCCUGUUUCCAGGAAGUCUGUGAAGUCCCGUAGCCGAAGCCCUGGGUAUCCAAGACACUCAUCAUCUCACAGUAAGAAGCAGAGGUCUGGGUCACGCAGUCGCCAUUCCAGUAUAUCACCCACAAGGCUCCCGCUGAACUCCAGCCUGGGGGCAGAACUCAGCCGGAAGAAGAAAGAACGAGCAGCAGCGGCAGCAGCUGCAGCCAAGGUGGAUGGGAAGGAGGCAAAGGGCUCGCCUGUUUUCCUGUCUAGAAAGGAGAACAGCUUAGCUGAACUUAAGGAGCCUGGAACAGAAUCUAAAAAGGUCAUCAAAACUGUUAAAUCUGAAAAAUUAUCUUCAGAUACAGAGUUAGUUAAUUUACUGUAUACAAAUGCAGAGACUAAAGCCCCUGCAGAGACGACAAAAAUCAAGGCAGAGGAGAACUCUGAGAGGAAACAUCCUGUUCCAGUUAGAGAUUUGAAACAGAUAGGAACAAAAGACUUGAAGCCUGUAGCAGUGAUAGAGGACCUCCUAUCUCCAAAAGAGACAGACACAGUAGAGAAGGAGAUCCCACCCCCACUACCCUCCAUAAAAUCACCUCUUCCACCACUGCCGACAACCACACCACCACCUCCAACUCCACCGUUGCCACCUUUGCCUCCAUCACCUGUUGUUCCACCUUUGCCACCAUCCCACCCGACUCCCAUUCAGGUCCCUACUUCAGCCCCAACGUCUUCGCCAUCUUCUUCCCACCCAAGGACAUCUACUUUAUCCUCUCAGGUGAACUCUCAGUCCUCUGUCCAAGUUGCUACAAAAACACAAGUGUCUGUGAUGGCUCCUAUCCCACACCUGAAAACUUCAACGUUGCCUCCGCUUCCACUCCCCCCUGUUUUAGUUGGGGAAGAUGACUUGGAUAGUCCAAAAGAGAUUCUUCCUCCAAAACCUAUGAAGAAAGAUAGAGAGCAGAGACCACGACACUUACUCACGGACCUCCCGCUCCCUCCAGAGCUCCCAGGAGGGGACCCAUCUCUUCCUGACUCCCCGGAACCAAAGGCAACCACACCACCUCAGCAACCGUUCAAAAAGAGACCAAAAAUCUGUUGUCCUCGGUAUGGGGAAAGGAGACAGACGGAAAGUGACUGGGGGAAGCGGUGCGUGGACAAGUUUGAUAUCAUUGGGAUUAUUGGAGAAGGGACGUACGGGCAGGUGUACAAAGCCAAGGAUAAGGAUACAGGUGAACUGGUGGCUCUCAAGAAGGUGCGACUGGACAAUGAGAAGGAAGGUUUCCCCAUCACGGCCAUCCGCGAGAUCAAAAUCCUUCGGCAGUUGAUCCACCGCAGCGUUGUUAACAUGAAGGAAAUUGUCACGGACAAACAAGAUGCAGUGGAUUUUAAGAAGGACAAAGGUGCCUUUUACCUUGUGUUUGAGUACAUGGACCAUGACUUAAUGGGGCUGCUAGAAUCUGGCUUGGUACAUUUCUCAGAGGACCAUAUCAAGUCUUUCAUGAAACAGUUAAUGGAGGGUCUGGAUUAUUGUCACAAAAAGAACUUCCUUCAUCGAGAUAUUAAGUGCUCUAACAUCUUACUGAACAACAGUGGGCAAAUCAAACUUGCAGAUUUUGGACUUGCCCGACUCUACAGCUCAGAGGAGAGCCGUCCGUACACCAAUAAAGUCAUUACAUUAUGGUAUCGACCACCAGAAUUGCUGCUAGGUGAGGAGCGUUACACGCCAGCCAUAGAUGUGUGGAGCUGUGGCUGCAUCCUCGGGGAACUGUUUACCAAGAAGCCUAUUUUUCAAGCUAAUCUGGAACUGGCUCAACUUGAAUUAAUCAGCCGGCUCUGUGGGAGCCCUUGUCCAGCGGUGUGGCCUGAUGUCAUCAAGUUGCCCUACUUCAACACUAUGAAACCCAAGAAGCAAUACCGCAGGCGCCUGCGUGAGGAGUUCUCCUUCAUUCCUUCGUCUGCUCUCGACCUGCUGGACCACAUGCUGACGCUCGACCCCGGCAAGCGCUGCACGGCAGAACAGGCCCUGCAGAGUGACUUCCUUAAGGACGUUGACCUCAGCAAAAUGGCACCUCCAGACCUUCCCCACUGGCAGGAUUGCCAUGAGCUGUGGAGCAAGAAACGCCGACGACAGCGGCAAAGUGGGAUUGCAGUGGAGGAGCCACCCGUAUCAAAAGUUUCUAGGAAAGAAACUACCUCUGUUACAAGCACAGACACUGUCAAAAACAACAGUAAUCCUGUGCACCCACAGCCUGCCCAGCUCAAAACAGAGGCUGGUGCUGGAGAUCCAGUAGGCCUUGGAGAAAUCACCCAGCAGCUGAAUCAGAGCGAACUAGCUGUCUUACUGAAUUUGCUGCAGAGCCAGACUGAUCUGACCAUCCCACAGAUGGCUCAGCUGUUGAACAUACACUCUAACCCAGAGAUGCAGCAGCAGUUGGAGGCUCUCAACCAGUCCAUCAACGCCCUGACAGAAGCCACAACUCAGCAGCACGAGUCUCGGGCAGCGAUAGCGGCAGAGGAAGCCAUAGAAGAGCCACCCACAGAGACCCAGCUACCAGAGGAAACAGUGACUCCAGAAGCAGCCAGUGUUCAGGGAGAUAUGCAGAAUGUGCUGGCAGUUCUGCUGAGUCAGCUGAUGGAGAGCCAGGAGCCCACAAUAACCCUGCAGGAGAGCAAUGGGGAGAAGAGUAGCGAGCAAGAGCAACGGGGGCCAGAGGAAAGUACAGCGUGUCCUCCUUGCAUUCGUCCACCAGAGAAAAGAUCCCCCGAGCCCCCCAGACCACCGCUGCCGCCUCUCUCCGAGGGGAAUCUCUCCAGUGCGGCUCAAGAGCUGAACCCGGCCGUGACGGCUGCUCUGCUCCAUCUCUUUUCCCAGCAAGAGACGGAAUCCCUGGGCCACGCCACGCAGGAACACCAAACCUCCAGAGCCCUGGACUACGGCAGGUCCCACUCCUCUAGGACAUACAGCACCGAGGGCUCCGAGGGGGGAUUUGGUACUGAGGAGCUGAAUUUGGGCCAGACAUUACUAGAACCCUCUGCCCAACCUCUGGGGAAAAGCAGGACCUUCAUGGGCUCUGUGAGCCACCUCGGGGAGACAAGCAAUUACCAGGGCACAGGAUCUGUCCAGUUUCCAGGGGACCAGGACCUCCGUUUCGCCAGAGUCCCCAUCACCGUACACUCGGUUGGGCAAUCUUUUACAAAAGCCGAGGGGAGCAACACCACCACCACACUGGGACAUCCAGAGGCCAAAAUCCAAAUUUACAGCGAGCUGGGCUCCGGGACAGCAGGUUCCAGCGGGGCAGGAACAACUCCCAGCUGGGGGGCCCCAACACAGGCCACUUCUUACAGGAAGACAUACCGUGGUCCUGGCCGAGUGCCUCCGCGGGGGGGACGGGGGAGAGGGGUUCCGUACUGAGCUGCGCCUCUCGCGCCGGCCCUCCCCUCCCUCGUCUUUCUCCCUUUAGCCACAUGCCAGUUUCUUUUCUUUACAUUUGUUGGUUUGGGUUUUUUUUUGCCAGAGCAAGGUCUCAUCCACAUUUCAGCUGCUGCAGAGCUCCCCGUUGUAUCCCUUGCUAGGCUGCCUCACCAUGAGAGUCCCUACUUGGGUGUCUCGCUGUCUCGCUUGGUUAGUGACAGAGACAAAAAAAACACCCCAAUGAAAUAAAACUCUACUGUAACAGGCAGUGAGCUUUCUACCCUGAGCCUAAAAAAUCAGGAGGAAUGAAACAAACCCAACCACAGAGGAAAGAAGGAAAUAAGGAAGAAGUGUUUUGGGCAGCAGUGCUUCUUGGAGGGGGAAGUGUAGGUGGUGUGCAGGUAGGGCUGGGGUGGAAGAGCCUGCUUCCCAAAGCAAUCUUUUUGAGGGUGUUGGCUUUUGGUUUGUUGUUUUGCUGUUUUUUGGGUUUGGUUUUUUUUUCCUAAUCCAUUUUAAAAAAAAAAAUGAAAGAAAUGGGAAUAUAUUGCUGCACAAGCACCUGGAUCAGUUGUCCUGGCUGUGCAGCCCUGUACUGUGGCUCAUACCCUGUUUAUCCUGAUGUCAGGCCAACCCUCUCCUCUGCUGCCAGCCCUGCCCAGGCAGCCCUGGGCCAGCUCCUCCAUCUUGCCUUAGUGAGUUGGUAAAGGAUCUCUGUGGGGGUUGAAGCUCUCCCACCAGAAUUUUACAGGGACAAUUGUCUUGGGUUUUUGAGGUUUCUUUAGUCUCUUCUUAUUUUGAAGAGUCAAAGAGAAUACCUCACUUAAAAAUCUGUAUUCCUUUGUCAUUCCUAACUUCCCAAACACUUUAAGAAUUAAAAGAAAGGGGAAAAAAAAACAAAACAAAACCCACACAAAAACCCCACCCAACCUGUAGGAGAAUCUUUCAUCCCCCCAGGGUUAGGGCUUGUGUGUCCUAUCAGGGUCAGCUGGUCUCAGAGGCAGCUCCUUGCUCCUUGGAGCCUUCCCAGCCCUUCCUCUCUCAUUUAUCUAAGCAUAUCUAUUUUUUGUUGUUGCCAAGGGAGUAUUGACAAUGAAUUUUCUCCUGCAGACAUUGCCAUGUUGUCUAUUUCAAUGAGACUUAAACAAAAGAGCUGAAAUAAAACAAAGGUACUUA